AUGGAUACUUGCAGGAUACCUGCAAACACCUCCAAGUGCAGUGGGAACACCAUGGAGUGCUUUAUGGUGCUCAGCACGCAGGCACAGAAGAUAAGCAUUGGCAUCCUGUGUGGCCUCUUUGGGACAAUGUGUGUUUUUGAGAACUCCCUGGUGCUCUACCUGAUUUUCUCAUCCCCCGGGACCAGGAAGAAACCUUCCUACCUCUUCAUCGGCAGCCUGGCCCUGGCUGACAUCCUGGCCAGCAUCAUCUUUGUCUGCAGCUUCGUGAACUUCCACGUGUUCAACGAGGCAGGUUUCUCCAAGGAGGUGUUCCUGCUGCAGCUGGGAGGGGUGAACACGUCCUUCUCGGCCUCCCUCAGCAGCCUGCUGCUCACAGCCCUGGACCGCUACAUCUCCAUCAGCCGACCCUCGGAGUACAAGCUCCUGAUGACCAGGAGAAGAGCCUGGACAGCCCUGGCAGCUCUCUGGGUGACCUGUGCCACCAUUGCCUGCCUGCCCCUGCUGGGCUGGAACUGCUGCGUGCUGGAUUCCGCCUGCUCCGAGCUGUUCCCCUUUGUGGAUGACAAUUACCUGUCAGGCUGGAUCUGCUUCGUCGUGGUCCUGCUGGGCUGCAUCGUCUACGCCUACGCCCACGUGCUCUGGAGGGCUCGCCAGCACGUGGCCUACAUGGAGAAGCACCAGGCACAGGCAGGGAAGCAAAACACCCGCAUGAGGAUGGACGUGAUGCUGGCCAAGACCCUGGUCAUGGUGCUGGCUGUCCUCAUGCUCUGCUGGUCCCCCGUGCUCGUGCUGAUGAUCUACAGCAUCUUCGGCAGGCUGAGCGAUCACCUGCGCAAGGUGUUUGCCUUCUGCAGCACCCUCUGCCUGCUCAACUCCAUGGUGAACCCCAUCAUUUACGCCCUGAGGAGCAAGGAGCUGUUCUCCUCUCUGAGGAGGGUGUUCUCCCACUUCAGGAGGCAGCUGAAGGCCGCUGAGGAGAGCCCAGAAGCAGAGAGCACCCACAAGUCCUCCGUGAUAGAGACCGUCUGUGAAGACACGCACGCCAUGUAG